UUCGUAAUCCACACAGGCUACCAGCGAUUGCCAAAAGAAUCCAGUUUGCGUAGGUCCCGCGUUUAUCAAGAAAAUGACGUCUAAAAAGAGUCCAAGUUUACUACGGGAAGCAUCGCACCAGAUCAUAGCCGGUGGAUCAGCCGGUCUUGUGGAAAUUUGUCUGAUGCACCCAUUGGAUGUGGUGAAGACCAGGUUCCAGAUUCAGAGAAGCACUAGUGACCCAAACAGCUACAAAGGCCUCGGAGAUUGUUUCAAGACAAUAUUCCGCGCUGAGGGAGUAUAUGGCUUCUACAAGGGUAUCCUGCCCCCGAUCCUGGCCGAGACUCCAAAAAGAGCAGUUAAGUUCUUUACCUUUGAGCAGUACAAAAAGCUGCUUAGCUUAUCUCCGCUGUCUCCUGGUCUGGCUCUCUCAGUAGCUGGCCUAGGCUCUGGUUUGACUGAGGCUGUAGUUGUUAACCCUUUUGAGGUAGUAAAAGUUAGCCUGCAGGCCAACAGAGACUCCUUCAAAGUGCAACCCUCCACGUUUGCUCAAGCUCGAACCAUCAUUAGAACAGAUGGUUUUGGCCUGCGUGGACUAAAUAAGGGGCUUACUUCAACACUGGGACGUCACGGUGUGUUCAACAUGAUCUAUUUUGGCUUCUACUUCAACGUCAAAGAUGCUUUCCCUGCCAGUCAGGACCCCACUCUAGAGUUCAUGAGGAAGUUUGCCAUUGGUUUGGUGUCAGGAACCAUCUCAUCUUGUGUGAACAUUCCCUUUGACGUGGCCAAGAGCCGCAUCCAGGGCCCACAACCAGUCCCAGGAGAGAUCAAGUAUCGCAGCUGCUUCCAAACCAUGAGCCUGGUGUACCGAGAGGAAGGAUACCUGGCAUUAUACAAAGGACUGAUUCCCAAGAUAAUGAGACUUGGACCAGGAGGUGCAGUCAUGCUGUUAGUAUAUGAAUACAUGUCAGGGUGGCUACAGAGGAACUGGUGAUGAGAACCACCGCCGGUCAACACCAGGGACCAGUGCAGUACCUCAGGGUUCUAUACUUGGACCUCCCUGAAUUCAUGAGACAGCUCCAGUAGGCAUUAUAAACUGCAAAGUCCUCAACAUUUUACUUUUUCUUGAAUGUACCAACUGCACGACAUGUACAUUAUGCCAGUACCAUUUACAAGUCACUCAUGUACUCCUAUACUGAAUUUUACCCGACCUGCAUAAGCAUUUAUGUCUUGGCACCCAUAUUGUAUGAUUCAGCUUUUGUAAUACAGUGGCAGCAGCACGCUUGAUCAAUGCUGAGCCUCUUCUUGUCUCCUCUCCUUAUUUCGCCUGAACUUCUUGCGUUCAAAUGCAAUUCCUCUGAAUAAUGUAACUUUUCAGUCAAUGGAUUGCUGCAACACACCAUAGCAGAUUUUCAUCUCUAUGGGAAUUGGAGCCAUCUUCCACACACAAAUGAACAGACCUGCCACACCCUCACCAUCAAAGGCAAUGCAGUCAGUGGAGGAAACCCUUCCCAUAAAUAAAACAGAAUUUAGAAUUUUAGAGGAGCGUGUCUGAGAGCACUGAAGACAAAGAGAGAAGACACACAGACAUCGAGUUGUUGGCCAUCUCACGAUCAGGUCAUUCUGUAGCAUACACUUGUGCAUGGAUAUUAAGGCUAAAGUACAAUGCAUUUAUUUUCAGGGGAGUCUUGCAUAAGAUUUUCAUUUCAUUUUCUGUGCAUGAUUUUUGUAAAUGCACAUGCAUUUAAUUUCAUCCCCA